UGAUUCGGCGCAGUGUUUGUUUCGCAAAUGAAUGAGUACCCGCACAUCCAUAUUUACGUUUAUAUGCGCUUACACGGCGCACAGUGGACGGUAAUAGAAGAGAUUAUAUCCUACAAAUCACAGACUCGGAAGAUUGUGAGAUGAAAUAUCAAUUACAUCGUGAUUAUCAUUUGCGGAUUUUUUCUUUGUCGAAACGGGACCACGUUAUGUCCGCAAAUGCCGCAACUGCAGCAGCGACAACAGAGCGCUAACAGAGGCUCCCUAGUGCUGAUUGUGACAUGCCGGUUUAAUAACUGCUCAACACGUUUGUGUCCGCAGGAGGGAGUAAAAACCGAGAACGAUCACAUCAACCUCAAGGUUGCAGGGCAAGAUGGGUCGGUGGUCCAGUUCAAAAUCAAAAGACACACACCCCUCAGCAAACUAAUGAAGGCGUACUGUGAACGGCAGGGUCUCUCAAUAAGGCAGAUCAGAUUCAGGUUUGAUGGUCAGCCUAUCAAUGAAACGGAUACACCUGCACAGCUGGAGAUGGAAGAUGAAGACACCAUAGACGUUUUCCAGCAGCAGACAGGCGGGCUCUGCUAAGCCCCUCCCACCUCAUUGACGCCACCCUCAGACCACGCCCUCAGCCAUCUUCACUGUUCUCCCCUCUCCAUCGCUCCUCUCAGCCUAUUAUUAUUAUUAUUAUUAUUAUUAUUAUUAUUAUUAUUAUUAUUAUUAUUAUUAUUAUUAUUAUUAUUUCUUCAGUUUAAAGAUGUCUGUCAUGGUUUUUCGUCAUGUGUGGGGGGGCUCCUCAGCUGUUAAUGUACCGUCUCAGCCAGGACUGAACUUUUUGUGCGUGUCAACAGUCUCUCUGCUGGCCAAUCAGGACAACCUUUCCUUCUGGCAGUGCAGGCUGUGAUUGGACCAACAGCGCGUCACAGCUGUUCCUGGUUUGUCAGUGCUUCUCUCUCUCAUUCACUCUCCAGUGAAAGCUUGGUAUCCAGUAGUUUGUCACAAUUUUCAUCCAUCGGAGCCGAAUGUGAGGCUCUGCAGUUUUUUGUCCAGGGAUCACUGUCAGUGGGCAUGAAAAUGUUUUGAGGUGGAAGCACUAUCUGAACUUAAUACACACCCGCCUUCCAUUUCACUUCACUUUCUUGUGUGUUCUUUUUGUCUAAACGGUGACUCCUGCUCUUCAGUCAAAAUGUAUUUUAAUUCUCUCUGCAUUUUAGGUGCUUUUGCUAAAGAGUUCUGCAAUGUUUUUGUAUUUUUUUUUUUUUUUUUUAAGAAAAUAACACCCAAGGGGCUUGCUGAAGUUUCUGUACAGAAGUAUCAGAGUGGAUGUUAGAUAAAUGUUGUGGGGCUUGGACCAAUACUCCAAAGACCGAACUUCUAUUUCAUAUUUAAUGUACUUGGAUCGCUCUAAAAGCAAACCGCAAGGUCAGAACGGUCACAUUUAAGGGAGUUUGCAUUGCGGUAAUGUUGUUUGCUUCCUCUUUGACUGCUAAAAAUUGAGAAAGAUUCUUUGUGGGUAUCUGCGGUACUUGCUGGUAUUCAUUGAUACAGGAAAAAUGCCUGUGUAGGGGAGGGGAAUUUAAUUUACACCAUUGAGGUGCAUCCUCAGUUGGGUGGGCACAGGCUGGUUAAGGAUAGUUUCUUGAUGUGAAAUACAUAACUUUCUUUUCUUUCCCCUAUUUUCCAUUAAAGCAGGCCAGUAGCCAGUCCCUAUGAUAUUCUUACAAGUGGCUCUGCUUGUGGGUUUUACAUUGGGUGAGGUUUGAAAGUCGAGGGUGGGCUGUGGGUGGGAAUAACUGGAAGAUGUUCCUCCGUUUUGGGGUCAGCUGUCUUAUCUCUAUUGUUUGCGAAUGUAGGCGGACGGGACAACUGAUUCUAGAUGUGCUUUGAAGCGGGGCAGCUUCCAGUUUGAGCAAUGAUAUCCAACAAAAGUCAGUAUGUUUUUGUUCUCGCGUUUUGAAGACACUUUUUACUACUAUGUCAACUGCUGAGCUGUUUGAGAUAUUGUUUUCUUGUGUGUGUGUGAAAGGCAGAAGUUGCAGACCAUCUGUGCAAACACCUUUGACUGCAGUGCUGAAAACAGUGACGAUAUCUCAAGUGGUGAUGAGUGUCUUCAAUAUUUUACAGUUUGGAGAGAGAUGCAUGCGGUUAGUUGCAUAUCGGGAGGGCAGGGAGGUCCACCAAUGGAGUUUGGGAGAUAAGUGUUCUGUGCCCACAGGGCCCUGUUUUUCGUACAUGAUUAACCAAGUUGGCUUGGUUGAUGGUUGAUGGUCUGAUGUGAGCUUGGAAUUUUCAGGUCUUUGAAUCUUGGUUAAAAUGUAUUCGUCCAUCAGCUCAAACCUGCAAAAGUGAAAGCUUAUUCUGAGUGAGUUGGGUAAUCACAAAACCUUUUUAAGUAUAUCUCAAUUAAUUUAUUUUCACAUAAGGCUGCACCUUUCUUUAGAGGCACCAAUAGAUCAGUGUUGUGAUAGUUGGACAGGUUUGAGUUACAUACUAAAAAAUACAACAAAAAAAAUGCAAUUUACAAAAAAUACAAUCAAAAUUGAGUUUGGCAUUACAUGAAUGAGUCUCGUAGACAUUUGCAGUAUUUAAAAUGAUACAAAAUAGGCUGCAAUAUUAACUGUAAUUGGCCUUGUGAAAUUAUCUUUCAGUGUGUUUAUGUUAAUGUAUUAUGCUCAGCCACAACAGAAAGGUGCUGUCCUUUUUUAAUAGUAAUUCAACCCUAAAUCAUGUUUAUCGAGCUAGAUUUUUAGUAUUCUAUACAACAAAGACAGUCAGUGCCAUUCCUUAAACAUUUAUAGAUGAAUAUUUGACAACAGCGAUUGGAAAAAUGUACUGCCGUCUGCUGUUCACUCUUCCCUCCCUCACUCAUUAAGAAAAAGCAUUUGCCUUGUACAGAAUUGUGUUGUACACAGACGUGUUUGAUCUGUAUGUGAUUACUCCUGAGAAUUUGCUUCUGCAUCAACCGAUCACAAGUAACGAUCACGGUUUCAGCUUUUCCUCUCUCGUUACUUUUUGAAAACAAUAGCAGUUAUCCAAGACAAACAAAUAAGCCCUCCACUUGCAUUUGCAAAUCUGAGCUGGACUAAGACCUCUUGAGCUGGCUAACAUAUUAGCUUGGAUUAGCUAAACUUUGUAAUGUACGAAGAACAGGGCCCAGGUCUUGUCAUGUUAUUUGUUUCUCUACUGAUUUGUACAUUAUUUGUGGUCUUUUACUACUGUAUACAAUAAAUAUAGUUUGGUACUCAGA